UCAGUUCACAUUAAUUCAAGCUGUGCUUGUAAUUUACUGUGAAUGUCAGCUGUGUUCAUCCAGACAAUGUGGCUGCUAUGCUUGUCCUCCCCACAAAAAUCACAGUAUUAAAGAGUCAAAUGUCUCCCUGUUAAAAAGCAGCAAAACAGUGUAGGGUUUGAUAAUGCAGUUUACCAAACAAUAAUGAACUUAAAGACUUCAAAAUACGAUUCAUGGUUCCCCGUUAGCCGGCAGAGUAAACAUAGUUUAGAUGGACUCUAUCUAUCUAUCUUUCCAUGUAUCACAAACAUGCUCUCACAUACAAACAGAAAAAAAUAUUCCCACACAAUGGUAACGGUAGCCAAACAAGCCGUGGAGAAAAAGCAACAUACUUUACUAACUUUCUCCAGGUUUUAGUUGAGGGGAUGAUCAGUGGAGCAGUAGCCUGAGAAGACACACACACACACACAGAGAGAGAGAGAGACACACACACACACACACUCCACAGCAGCCCAAAGAGGCAUACAGAGCCCUUCUCCUUAAAUGGUCAAAGCUCCCAGGAGUGAAAGAGAGGCUGCUGCUGAAAAAAGACAGGGAACAGAGGGGACGGGAGAAGGAAGGAGAAGCCCCGAAGACAGAGGAGUUUUCUGUGGAAAAGGCUAAGAGUGACAGUUUGACUGUGGGAAGUCGGUCUGAGUGGAAAGAUCAGCGGGAGUGAGUGUGUUACCAGGACACUAGCGGUGGACUCAGCUCCAGGAAGAGGAGAGACACUUUCUGCAAGGAUCUCUACUUCAUCAAAGUGACCAUAACUACAAGGAGUCCUGUGACACCUCCUGUGCUGCUGAGAGACCCUUUAUUUUCCCCCACACCCGUUCCCGCCCCUCGCUGCCCCCCGCCAUGCCCACACUGCCCGAGGAGGAAGAGGACUCCCCCGAGGAGCUAGAUAGUUCUUCAAGCUCUCCCAGUACAUCUACUCCAAGUGAAAGUCGAGCUGUUGUCAUGACUGCCCCCACUAUCAUCUACCCACAGAAGGCCACUAUUUUCCAACAAGAUGGACGUCCUCUGGAGCAGGCCAGGCCGCACAGUCCCAGAGCUCGUCUGGCGAGGAACUCCUCUGGAGGACCCAUCACCACAGUCGACAGCACAGGUAAUGUGAUCGACCUGGUGAAGGAUCAGCUGCCGGAGCUGCAGCUCUCUGAGGAGGAUCGACAGAAGAACCUGGAGCUGCUGGAGCAGGCCAAGAAGGUCAGCGACCGCUUCCUGACACGCCGCGGCCGCCGCUCUACCAGCAGCCUCACUGACUCUCCUACAGGUCUUUCUCCAGCUCCAACUCCAUCAUCUUCACCGUGUUCUUCUAGAAGCAGCUCACUGACCAUAGCCCCUCAAAAUGUUGUUGGACCCACAGAAGCAACUCAUGUCAGCUCACAGUCUGUUGGUCAGCAUCUGGAGGUUCCUUCAGUGAGGGAGCAGCCUGAUGUGACGAACCAAGAUCAGGAGGGCAGCAGACUGUUGGUAGAUUGGAAGCCCAAUGAGAAAAGGAAAGUGUCCUCUGGGACUCUAAAACCUCGUUUUGUUGCUCAGAAAGAGAAGUGUGAGCUCGGUGCACCUAAAAGUCCUCCAGCAGCCAAUAAAACUGAUGAGGGAACUGGUCUAGGCCGAAAUCCCAACCAGGCCCCAGCCACAGGGGUCGCUAAGCCUGUCCCCCGACCCCCUACCCAGCAGGCUCCCUGUACAGCAGAGAUCAAGACGAUUGGGGCCUUCCCUCCACUAAUGAGAGCUGUUUCCUGGGAUGCAGUGGGUGGCCUCAAUUCUAGAAAUGGAGCCCCUAGUUUCCCUCCCCCAGCAGAGGACACCUUUUCAGACCAGCCAAGGGAUGCUCUUUUCAAAACUUCAGGGUACAAGGAUCAGCCGGGGAGUACACAGAAACUAUCUAAACUCAGAGAGGAGCACAAGCUGAUGCGUAACCAAAGCGUAGUUGGAUCAAAGCUACCGGACUUGAGUGAAGCUGCUGAGCAGGAAAAAGGUCUACCUGCCUCUCCAAACUCAGCCAGCAAUGAGGAGACAAAGGAAAAGUCAGAUGCCAUGCCAAACAUUUCAGAUGUGAUGCUGAGAAAACUCAAACUUCACCGAGGUCUACCAGGCUGUGCACCCCCACUUACUGAAAAAGAAGUUGAGAAUGCGUUUGUCCAGCUGUCACUGGCAUUUCGUAAUGACAACUACACACUGGAGACCCGGCUCAAACAAGCAGAGAGGGAGAGGAACCUGACUGAGGAAGACACUGAGAAAGAACUGGAGGAGUUCAAAGGCGCUCUGAAGAUGACUGCACCACAAUGGCAGAACCUGGAGCAGCGUGAGGCUUACCAACGCCUCAUAGAGACAGUGGCAGUGCUGCAUCGUCUGGCCACACGGCUCUCCAGCAGAGCUGAGAUAGUCGGAGCAGUUCGACAGGAAAAACGCAUGAACAAGGCCACUGAGGUCAUGAUGCAAUAUGUGGAAAAUCUGAAGAGGACGUACGAGAAAGAUCAUGCUGAGCUGAUGGAGUUUAAGAAGCUGGCCAACCAGAACUCAAACCGCUGUUAUGGAGGGUCUGUAGACACUGGAGAUGAUGGAGUCCCUCGGCCAUCAAGAUCAAUGUCCCUCACCCUUGGAAAGGCUCUGCCCAGGCGCAGGGUGAGUGUUGCAGUGGUGCCUAAGUUUAACCUCCUGAACAUACCGGGUCAGACCCCAGUCACAGCCGGCCCCAGUGCCGGCAUCAACCCGGCUUCAGGCCCUAACGUGGGACCCACUGCUGGUGCUGCUCUUCCUGUUCUGAGUGAAGCAAAUGAUGUGAAAGGAAAUUCUCCAUCAGAGGCAGCACAACCAACGACAGAAUGUGGAAAGAGUGUGUCGGAGCAGGAAAGUGAGCCAGCCAAGCCUGCUGUCAACUUAGAGGAGAUCAGAGCCGAGAUCAGAGCCGAGCUCAAGGCGAAGAUUGAGGAGGAGGCAUAUAAUAAAGGCUUGCAAGAGGGUCUGAAGCAAAGCAAAGCUCUUCAGGAAGAAAAGCGCGAAGAGGAGGAUGCUGCAGAGAAAUUGCUGGAAUCAAAAAUUAAGGAUGAAGAGAGUGGAAAGAAGAUAAAGAGUAGCAGGAGGCUGGAGGAGUUCCUGGUUCUUCUUGGGCGGUUUUGGCCCAAGAUCACCUGGAGUAAACGUCUUCUCGGGAUCGCCCUGAUAUUUUUUCUGAUGAUGUGUCUGGUUAUCAGUAUUUUUACAUUCUUCAGUGACUACUACAACAGACGUGAGGACACGUAAAAAGGACUUUAUCCAAGGCAAGACAAAGAUGUUUGAAACAAAGAACCCCACUACAGAGACCCCAGUCGACCUCUGUCUCUGUCACUUUACCAUAUCACCACAGUCGGACUCACUUGAAUCCACGACCCUGACUCACGAGGGUCAAAGACAUUUUGGGAGGUUUUAUGGAUGAUGUUGCCUUUUGCAUGGUUAACAGAAUUAAGUUAUAAUUUUGUUUGGAUUGGAAAGUGGAGUGUUUGCUGCAGUGAGAGAAAUAUAUUUUUUGUUUAGGGACCAAUUACAGUAUAGAGUGUACAAUAUAGUAUAUAAAAUAUUGGGGUUCUGGUACAUUAAUGAUAAAUAUGGCACUUUUAAUAAAAAUGCCACAGUAGAUUAAAAAGUGUAUAUUUAUGUGCACUCUAAUGUUAAUGUGUAAUCUCUCAGGUCCAGUAGAUAAUAAAGCCCCUGAGUGAUUAUCAGUUCAUAUUUAAAAAUAUAGAAAAUGAAGGAAUGUUUUAUUUGUUUUUUAAAUUUCUAUACUGCGAAUUUAAAGAUUUUAAAGUAUAAGCACAUUCCAAAGUAGUUCCUAAAGUGCAAUAUUUUUGCAAUUAAUGGUUCUUGUUUGUGCCAUUUUGGAUUGUGUCUUUAGAGCACUGAAUGAUUUUCUUCUUGUAUGAGAGCACUCAGUAGAUGGCAUGAUGCUUAUUUUUAUCUUCUUUGCACAUGUGUGUUUACCUGUGUUGUUUAUUUUAUGUUC